ACACUUUUGAACAAAUAAUAAGGGGCCGAGGCGUGCCAUGGCUGCUGUGUUGUUAUUGGGCAGCACAUUUUACACAGCAUCCAACUCUCGGGCCAGCUCAGUGCCGUCCACCGGCCUGUGCCGUCAUAUCUCACUGUCCACUGCGCAUCUGACCCGGGACACAUCUAGCAGACACACACGGCUGAGACAAGCAGAGGAGGACAGCCUCAGUGAGCAUCUGAAAGAAGCAGGAAGUGUGUGAAACUGUCUCGGGGAGCUUCAGCGAGGGUGAGCAGACUAAUCCCUCUCACCAACCAUGUCAAACGAACGCACCCCUCUGAUCACCUCGGGGGUAUGUGGUCUGGCUGUGACUGCAGCAGCAUGCGGCACAGAACCAGACGCCACCCCCGAAUCCGGCUCCGAGACCCCAAGUAAAGACCCUCGACAACUGAACACUUUUUUCGGGGUGAUGGUGCCGACCAUCCUCUCCAUGUUCAGCAUCAUACUGUUCCUGAGAACAGGGUUCGUGGUUGGUCACGCAGGACUGUUACAGGGUCUUCUAAUGGUGAUUGUAGCCUACACCAUUAUAUCUCUCACAAUACUGUCCAUCUGUGCCAUUUCAACCAACGGUGCUAUACAAGGAGGUGGAGCCUACUACAUGAUAAGCAGGUCUCUGGGCCCAGAGUUUGGAGGAAGCAUUGGUUUGAUGUUCUUUCUGGCCAAAGUCUUUGCGUGUGGAGAGUAUGUUCUUGGUCUCGUGGAGGCGAUACUUGACGUAUUCGGUGCGGAUCCUGAGUCAUCUGUGUCCCAGGGGAUACGGGUGCUUCCUCAGAGUUACUGGUACACAGUGCUGUACUCCACUGUCGUCCUUCUGCUGUGUCUGCUCGUGUGUCUGGUCGGCGCCCACAUCUACUGCCGUACCGCCUUCGCCAUCCUGCUGGUGGUCACCGUAUCCUUGCUGUCCAUCUUUGUCAGUUCUGUGGCGGUCAAGCCUCGUGAUUUCGUCAUCACCCACAAGGGAUCUGGCAAUGAGACCCUCCGUUACAAUGCCAGCUACACGGGCUUCAAUGCCACCACGCUGAGGAACAACCUGGGCCCUGGUUACUCUUUGGACUACAGCACCAACUCUGUCAUGUCUUUUGCCACCGUGUUUGCCGUCAUGUUCACCAGCUGCACUGGCAUCAUGGCCGGAGCCAACAUGUCAGGGGAGCUGAAGACUCCGAGUAUUUCCAUCCCUAAAGGCACCAUUGUAGCCGUCUGUUACACUUUCACGGUCUACGUCCUCCUCUUUAUCUUGAUCAGCGCCACCUGCGACAGGACUCUGUUAAUUCAGGAUUAUGGGUUCCUCCAAAGAAUAAACAUCUGGUCGCCGUUCAUCACCAUCGGGAUAUACUGCGGUGCUCUGUCAGCUGCGAUGUGCUCUCUGAUCGGAGCGUCCCGUAUCCUCCAUGCUCUUGCUCUGGAUCAACUCUUUGGUUUGCCGUUAGCCCCAGCUGCCAUCACAUCAAGCUCGGGGAAUCCGUGGGUGGCAGUGCUGUACACCUGGGGUCUGGCACAGUGUGUAGUGUUUGCAGGCCAGCUUAAUGCCAUAGCAAGUUUGGUGACUGUUUUCUACUUGCUUGCCUACGCUGCGGUCGACCUGGCCUGUUUGGCUCUUGAGUGGGCGUCAGCACCAAAUUUCAGACCGACCUUCCAGCUCUUCUCCUGGCACACCUGCCUGCUGGGCAUCCUGAGCUGUUUAGUGAUGAUGUUCGUCAUUAACCCCGUGUACUCCUCAGGCAGCAUCGUCCUCCUGUUACUGCUGCUGCUUUUCCUCCACUACAGAUCGCCCACCAGCAGCUGGGGCUACAUCAGCCAGGCUCUCAUUUUCCAUCAGGUGCGCAAGUAUCUGUUGAUGCUUGAUGUGAGGAAGGACCACGUGAAGUUCUGGAGGCCGCAGGUGUUGUUAAUGGUGGCCAACCCUCGCUCUUCCUGUCAGCUCAUCCUGUUUGUCAACCAGCUGAAGAAGGGAGGACUGUAUGUGUUGGGCCACGUGCAGCUGGGAGAUCUGGACUCCCUGCCAUCAGACCCAGUCCAGCAGCAGUACAACUUCUGGUUGAGCCUAGUUGAUAAACUCGAUGUGAAAGCCUUUGUAGACCUGACGCUGUCUCCCUCUGUCAGACAGGGAACACAGCAUCUCCUGCGCAUCACAGGCCUAGGUGGCAUGAAGCCCAACAUGCUGGUUUUGGGUUUCUAUGACAGCUGCACUCCCGAGGACUUCUUCCUACAAGAUUCUGCGUUCUGUGAUUCUUCUGUGGGACAAGGGAGUGACGGCGAAUAUAAUUUUGGAGUUGAUUUGCCUUCAUUACAGGCCCAUUUCCCCCCAGUGCGACAUGUUGAGAGCCCACGCUGGCUAUCACCAGAGGAGUACAUAGGGAUCAUUUCUGACGCCAUUAAAAUGAACAAGAACGUGUGCCUCGCCCGCUAUUUCUUCCAGUUAGAGGGAGAGGAUAAAGACAGCAAGGUGGAUGGGUCUGAGCGGACAAUAGAUGUGUGGCCUCUCAACCUGCUCCAGCCAGGCAGCCGUGAUUAUGAGGACGUUUGCAGCCUCUUUCUGCUGCAGAUGGCCUGCGUGCUCAACAUGUCCAACAAGUGGCGCCAUGCAAGAAUGAGAAUCUUUCUGAAUGUGGAGACUGAGUCCAGCGACCAGGGUUGGGUGGUAAAUGAAGAGACGUUCAGAGAGCUGCUGAGGAAGCUGAGGAUCAGGGCGUCAAUAAAGAUUGUGCCGUGGGACUCUGUGGUGCAGCACCACACUCAGCCAGACGGGGAGCCCCCUGCAGGGCCGACACAAGCUCUGUCCGAGGACUUCCUGUCCGCUGUGAACAGUAUGUUGAUGGAGCACAGCUCGCAAGCUGCUGUUCGCUUCCUGUAUUUACCUCGACCCACCGCCCAGCGCAGCCUGGCGCAGCAGUACUUGGCUCAGUUGGAAGCAGUGACCAAUAACUUAGGGCCAACGCUGCUGAUUCACGGUGUCACCCCAGUCACAUACACUGACCUGUGAGCAUGUGCAGUCGUGAGUUUUGUCCAUUGAUACUGUAGGUCUCAUCUGUGUAAAUACAAACUCUGGUUACAUGUACAAAGUUACACCGUGGAUGCUAAGGACAGUGUGCAGCACCACUUAUCAUAUGUUUACCUAAUACAGCUUUUGUCUUGUUUUACUCUUGCUUACAUGAGGACUACAGUCAGUGUGAGUGCAUUUUUAAAAUACGCCACUUGAGGACAUUCAAAUAGGAUAUUUUCCUAUUGACAUAUACUUGAACUGUCUUGGUGAAUGAGCCAAGAAAUGGGGGAAUACUAACUAACUUUGUGGGUAUGAGUUACUUUGAUAUAUAACCUCUUGUUUGCAUUAGCUUUAGGCACAUAUGAGACAGAAAUUAGGAAUGCGUCAAAGACUCUUCAGAACAAAAACACAUAUUGUUUGGAACAAUACGGGUUGUUUGAGACAAUAGAAAUGUCUAGAUACAGUUUCAGGGAUAAUAUGAUGAAUUUGUGAUACCAAUUGACCAUGGUAAAAACAAAUUAUGAUAAUAUAUUAAAGGGAUAGUUCAGUUUUUUUAAGUCGGUAUUUAUGGGGUACUUGUCUGGUGGCUAAAAUACAUUUUGUUGCUAACUCCUAUCCACAGUAGUACAUCACUUAGCAUCCAUGUCGGACCCCAGCCUGCUUCUUCAAACUAGGGGCAUGCUGCCUGACGUCUAUUGUAUGUAAUAAACUAACUAUGAAUAAGUACCUUGUACAGCCUGACUUCAAAAAGUCUGAACUGUCCCUUUAAUGCAUAGUAAUUGUUUUUUUUUAACUCCUGUUUUUUCUUCUGUCUUUAUCCUACGUUGCCACAUCUCUGAUGGACCAAAUGAUCCAAAGACUUUUUGUCUCUGAGCUGAAUUGAACUCUGACUUCUGUUUUCCAUGUUCCUCUGUUGCUGUUGAACAUGCAUCUCUAGUCUUCACAAAGGGAACUGUUUUAUACAUUUGACCUCAGAAUGAUGAACAGCAUGUGUUGCUGUUGUAUGUGCUAACUUGAAACGUAUGUUGGAAUCGUGUGCUUCAUAAUGGCGACUGUCAAAAAUACACACCAAAAAAAAGGGUUAUACUGAUGGUUACUCUGGAGCUCCAUUCUUAUCCAGUCUUCAUUAGGACCGGGACUAACGAUUAAUUGGACCAAAUCAAGAUUGAAACCAUAGAAAGUUGUCACUUUUUAAACACAAUUAAUUUACCUUCAUGUAAAUGUAACUGUUUUCUUGUCAUGUGUUUUUUUGUAGUGCCACAACACUCACACAAAGCUUUUCACAAAACACAAAUGGCAAGAUGCUGAAAAAAGUCAUUUGCACAUAGAGAUGGUUAUAAAAUAACAGUGUCUUGUAAUGGGCCAAAAAUGGCAUGGCGCUUACAUAAAAAUGCAUUUAUGAAUGAAUGCACAACUUUUUGGCAUCUUCCGUCUUGAGUUGU